UCAGAUACCACAAUGUAGAAGUAGAUUAGUGUUGAUGCUGAGAGCAUCCAGUUUCUGUGUGCCACGAUGCUGAAGAGACUGCUUCUGCUUCUCUGUCUGACAGGACAUGUGUUUGCCAAAGAAACCCCCGAUGUGGACUGUUUGGUGGUGCAUCUGAAAUAUGUUCACUGUUCUUGGAAUAAGAAGGGGACUCCAGAAGUCAAUUACACCUUCUACGGCUGGUUCCACGGUGCCAACGUCAGUGAGUGCCCCUCCUAUCUGUCAGAGAACAACAUAAACACUGGAUGUAACCAGCCCUAUGGCUCACUACUUAAUAGGUUCAACGACUUUUACACCAGACUGGUACAUGAAAACCAGAGUUCCGAGGUGAAGAAACAUGAGCUUAAAGAAAAAGUCAAGUUUAAUCCACCAACCAACCUGACCGUCCAUUAUGGAUCUGACUCUAACCUGUGGCUCAACUGGACCCAGAUUCGUUCUAAUUGCGUGGAAAGUGAAGUUCGCUACAGGAUCAACAACGGAACUGGGUCGGUAGGCAGUGCGGAGCAGAAUGGGGAUAUCACCUGUGGACUUUCCAAAUUCUGGAGUGACUGGACUGAGCCUGUGGUCUGGGGAUCCAACAACAGCACGGAUGUGGACUGUUUGGUGGUGCAUCUGAAAUAUGUUCACUGUUCUUGGAAUAAGAAGGGGACUCCAGAAGUCAAUUACACCUUCUACGGCUGGUUCCACGGUGCCAACGUCAGUGAGUGCCCCUCCUAUCUGUCAGAGAACAACAUAAACACUGGAUGUAACCAGCCCUAUGGCUCACUACUUAAUAGGUUCAACGACUUUUACACCAGACUGGUACAUGAAAACCAGAGUUCCGAGGUGAAGAAACAUGAGCUUAAAGAAAAAGUCAAGUUUAAUCCACCAACCAACCUGACCGUCCAUUAUGGAUCUGACUCUAACCUGUGGCUCAACUGGACCCAGAUUCGUUCUAAUUGCGUGGAAAGUGAAGUUCGCUACAGGAUCAACAACGGGAACUGGGCGUCCUCUCGAGUCAGUAUUGGGAAGCAGGAUUACUGCCUCAACUUGCCCUCCCGCAGUUCCCUGUAUGAGCUGCAGGUGCGGAGCAGAAUGGGGUACACCUGUGGACUUUCCAAAUUCUGGAGUGACUGGACUGAACCUGUGGUCUGGGGAUCCAACAACAGCAUGGAUGUGGACUGUUUGGUGGUGCAUCUGAAAUAUGUUCACUGUUCUUGGAAUAAGAAGGGGACUCCAGAAGUCAAUUACACCUUCUACGGCUGGUUCCACGGUGCCAACGUCAGUGAGUGCCCCUCCUAUCUGUCAGAGAACAACAUAAACACUGGAUGUAACCAGCCCUAUGGCUCACUACUUAAUAGGUUCAACGACUUUUACACCAGACUGGUACAUGAAAACCAGAGUUCCGAGGUGAAGAAACAUGAGCUUAAAGAAAAAGUCAAGUUUAAUCCACCAACCAACCUGACUGUCCGUUAUGGAUCUGACUCUAACCUGUGGCUCAACUGGACCCAGAUUCGUUCUAAUUGCGUGGAAAGUGAAGUUCGCUACAGGAUCAACAACGGGAACUGGGCGUCCUCUCGAGUCAGUAUUGGGAAGCAGGAUUACUGCCUCAACUUGCCCUCCCGCAGUUCCCUGUAUGAGCUGCAGGUGCGGAGCAGAAUGGGGUACACCUGUGGACUUUCCAAAUUCUGGAGUGACUGGACUGAGCCUGUGGUCUGGGGAUCCAACAACAGCACGGACCCUAAUAAAAUGAACAGUUCAAUGUCUGUGUGGACCCCGGUGCUGUCUGUGGUGGGUGCUUUGAUCCUCAUCAUACUGGUCAUGAUGUUGCUGCACUAUGAAAGAAUCAGAAUCAUCUUCAUCCCUGUGGUUCCCAAGCCAUCCCCAAACCUUCAAAACAUCGAGGAUUGGUUUAAAUUCCCUAAAGGCCUGAAAGAGGGUUUAAACUACAAUGAGCGCCCCUGCCCUGUGCGUGAGUACUGCCAUGUCCGCCAGUCUGACAGCGAGAGCUCUGACUGCUCAACCUGCUCUGUCACCACCGACCAAACCGACUGCUCCGUCUUCAUCCCUGUGAACGAAUCGGACCAGUCUACUCCCUGCUCCUCUUCCAUCUCACAGUUUUAGUCUCAUCUGAGGAAGAGAAGCAGGUUUCUGUUUAGGAGGCAUCUCAAUCAGGUUGGGUCUCCUAAAACUUCCAAAUUGUCUUAAACUGACACAUCUCCUGCAUGACUGCAGGGAUCAGAAAAUGGAUCAAGACAUGUUUGGUUUCCCCUAUGAGAAGAAACCAGGUAUUUGUUCAAGGCACUUAAAAACAAUUGAUUCAAUUAAAGCUAUUAAUGAGACAGAAUAUCAACAACCUGAUGCAGCAGUUACAGGUAAAAAAAAACAACUGAUUAUAUUACCAUAUUUUACCACAAAUGAUAAAUUCUUUUCAUUAGCGGCAUGUAUUUACUAGCCAACAAAUCUAGACACACCCCCUGAUUUAAGAAUGACUAUAAGAUAAACCUUUAUUGAUCCCCAGAGGGGAAAUAAAGUUUGUUAUAGUAGCAGAAAGACAGCAAUAGUACAGAUAAAUAGAGAAAGUAAAAGAAUAAAUAUUAAGAGGUAUAUAAAAAGCUAAACUAAAAUAAGAGCCAAUUUAAUAACAAUAAAAGUCUUAAAAAGGUCAGCACCUAUCAGUUAUUCCUCAAACAUAACAUGUAUUAUUAAGAGAGACAUGCAUUUUUUUCUGUGUUUUAUAACAUUUGUAUGUGUUAUUUUAGAAUUGUAUGAAAUUGAUCAAAUCUAAUAUCCCAAUAUCUUGGGCAAAAUACAUUAUUGGUGAUGUCACAAUAUUUGUUAUAUGACUAUUUGUAUUUAAUGUGAAGUACUGACAAAAAACACAAUGCAUAAAGGCCAAGAAGAUAGAUAGUUAAAUUUGUAUUGAUCCUAAAAAUGGGAAAUUACAGUGUUACAGCAACAAAAUAUCAGACACACAGCACACAUACAGAAUAUACAUGAAAUAACAGGAUACAAUACACAUGAAAUAAUAGAAUACAAGAACAAAUAUUUAAAAUAUAUACAAGUUGGGAAUAAAAAUGUACAACUACUUAAAUAGUAUUAAUACAGAUGUAAGUAACCCUAUUGUGCAAGUUGCACUUAGUGCAGUAUUGUGAUGUCUAUGAGUCUUAUCUAACACUCAGUAUGAAGUAUUAAAAAGUUGUAUUGCCUGUGGUAGGAAUGAUUUCUUGUGGUGGUCCGUGCGACAUUGAAGCUGUUGGAGCUUCUUAGAGAAGGUGCUCCCCUGUUGGACCAGUGUGGUGUGGAGACGGUGGUCGGGGUUAUCAAUGAUAUAUAACAGUUUGUUCAGUGACUUCCUCUUCACCACAGCUUCAAAUGUGUCCUGUUUUGCAGCCAAGAAGGCAGCAUUCAUUGUUCACUCACUGAGCUAGUCAAAUUACCACAUUCUAACCCUUUGUAACUCAUGAACUCUCUUGGUUUAAUUAAUGGUUCGAAAUCAUCACUAACUAAUGCUAUAUCUGCAACCUUGGGAGUUGUCAAGUCUAAAAAAGCCCUCUGAGCUCCUCCAACACUACAAAACAAUCAGUUUUUAACAAUUUAACGGCUGGAAGGAUUAAUGUAAAAACCCUUUCUUAAUGACUUUACUAACAUCAUUAGGAAAGUUGAAAGAUGUUUAAAUAACAUUUAUAAUUGCAGACUUGGUGGGUUAUUAGAAAGUGAGAAACCAUUGGCAUCUAUUAAUGGAUUAUUAUAUUUAUAACUGCAUUAUUACCAAAGAGAAAGUAUAAACAGGCAACCCAAAAUGUGCUCGUAUUAAAGGCCUUCCAAUUGAUCUAUAAAACAUUAGUAUAUAACUCAUUAUGCCCAGUGACGGACUGGGAUCAAAGAAACAGCCCUGGCAUUUGCAACACACUGGCCCUAUUUUUGUCAAUAGAAAUAAGAAUAACCUUCGUCCUAGGGUCCCUGUCUGAUAGGAUUUUUGCUUUUAGAUGUUUUAUUACAGAAAGUGACCCAUGCCCAAAAUAGUCAUUCUGUCAUUUUAUUACUUAUGGAUGGAAUUUUAGUAAAAAAUAAAAUGAUUCCCUUUUUUUCUGGGGGACCCCAGACCCCUCUUUGGGAACCACUGUAGCAGGCAAAUAGAAUAGUUUUAACCUAGCCUCAUAUUUUCUGUAUUAUAUUCCCAUAAUUUUGAAUUUAACCUAUCUUAACUGAAUGUACUUUUUCAAUGUGGUUGGACGUUUCUGCAACCUAGGCCUACUUGUAUUUUAGUGUUUGUGUUCAAAAUCUAUAGCCUAUACUGUAUCUGUCAUGACCUGUUUUUGAUUAAUAAAUGUACAUGUUUAAA